AAACUAUUUUCAAAAUAUAAGAGCAAGCAAGCCCAGACCGCGGGCUCAUUGGACUCACCACCAGUCAUCAAUUUACCCAGGUUCUUUACCACUAUUGGUCAGGCCACUUGCCCACCAUGGGUCACCCUGUGCCAACCGCUCCCAAUUUUCUCUCCCACACUAGUCCAGAAUACCUCAACAUGAACGAGGAAGAACUGGAGGAAUACUAUCAAAGGAUCUUCGAGUCACUGCAUCCACUGCAACAGAGAUUUCUUCGCUCGCAUGCGGCCGAUGUGAUCAGUUCCAGCAGCCGCAGCUCCCGACGCCCGCCGUCGCUGGCCAACGAUCCAGUCUACGAUCUGCCGUUUCUCUCGCUGGUGUUCUCGCUGCUCCGGCUGCUCACCCAUGCCCUCUUCUCAGCUCUGUGCAAUCCUCUGGCGCCCAUCACCGACUUCACUAACUUCUUCUAUUCGCUCGCUUGCUACUCCGCCAUCUAUCUCAUCCUCUAUCUUUAUCAGGCUUUCCUUCUCUUUUGUAAUCUAUGCGGCUUUCAAAAGUACAUCGUCUCCAUCUCUCAAAGGUUUUUUGAUGGAUAUGGGACUAUGACCUGGGGUGAUCAUACAAUGUUUGAAAACAAGGCGCCCGUGAUAUCAGCCGCGCGUUCUUUUCUGUCGAGCCGGCUGGAUGAUGAUUCAGCCGAAACACAUGUCGGGCCGAUUGAGCAAGAAUUUUGUGUUGAGGUGGCCCAGUCGAUCCUAUUAAUGAGCGCGAUCCUCUACGAGCGGGACCAAGAAAGUGUUGAGAGGGCCUUUGAGGGGGCCGGCGAUGUGCGACUGAACCUGCUGAGGAGCGAGGAACAGAUGCUGAAGGCGGCAGCCGACUGGAAUUGCCAAUUCACUUCAAUUGCUGAUUUCCAGACGGCCAAGGGUCCAUUUGUGGGUGCAUUCUUCGACCUUGAGGCCCGGCCUAACCCAUUCAUGGUCAUCGUCUUCAAGGGCACCUCUUUCCAAGACAUCAGCGAAUGGAUUGUCGACACAACCUUCAAUCUGGAAGCCUGUGCCGAUCAACUAGGCGCCGGAUGCGCUCAUCAAGGCUUCUAUUCCAGCUUAUUUCCAAGCGCAUCUGCUCGCGAAAAACCUUCACCUUACUUGAGGAUAAUUGAGACGAUUAGGAGUGUGGCUAAGCAUGUCCAUGACGAGGCCGGCAUUCCGAUGAACCUAUUUGUUGGAGGCCACUCAUUAGGAGCCGCGAUAGCCACGAUAUUCUAUGCCAGACUGCUAGAAUCGCCCGAGGAUAUCGGCCCGCACACGGUCCUGCGGGAUGGAUAUUGUUACGGGACGCCGCGGGGAGGCGACAGUUCGAUGGCCUCAAGAGUCGAAUACAAUCUUGCCAAGCCCGUCAACUUCUCUCGGUCCUUAUGGCGAGUCUCCAAUCGCUCUGCUUCUGUCAACGUAGGCGAUAUCGUCGCCCACCUUCCGCCUGGUUUGGCGGACCAGAGGAGCUGCAGAUCAGCGAUCAGAGCUGGGAGUUCAUUUAUCCAUAUGCCGCCAUCGGAACACCCAUUGACCUUGAGCCGCGCGGAAAUCGACCGUUCUAUCGAUUCAGAUCGGUCCGAUGUGGGACUAGAUUGAAAGUGACCAAGCUUCUAAAUUCUGCGGAUCAGCGGGCACAAGAAUCGAGUCUCUCAGAAGAUGAUCAGUUGUUGUUCAACUUGCAACAACAACCUUCCUUGCGUGAUCCGUUCUUUUGGCUCAAUGAAUGCUUUCUGACUUUCGCUCCUUUCGUCCAUGAUCAUCUCCCGGGCAGUUAUUUAAGUUCGCUGAACAAGAUCUCACGGACCAAGUUGUAGUCAUCCCAUCAAAGUACCAUUAUCAAGACUCUCAGAAGCACACAAUCAAGACCAAACAAAAACGUGAAUUGACAUGCAAUCCCACGUGAACAGAGGCAAACAAAUAUAUCAAUACCGACUUUGUUCUUAGAUUAAACACCGAAUACCAAAGACAAAUAUCA